AUGCCCGUCUUCACUGAAUCUGCGUCGGCGUCUCGUGAAUUACGGGUCCUCCCCUCUUUUGCACCACCCCUUCCCCGACUUUCUCCCCAAAUAUUAGAGGGAAAGGAUGAGAAGUACGAGGUUGUGGUCGUUGGAGCUGGUCCAGCAGGACUUAUGUUAAAUCUCCUGCUGGCACGGUACGGGUUGAGUGAUGAAUCACUGCUAUGUGUAGACUCGAAACCGACAACCUUGAAGUCAGGCCAAGCAGACGGAUUGCAGCCUCGGACCCUCGAGACAUUGAAAUCACUCGGCUUGUCCGACGAGAUCCUCACUGAAGGGUGUCAAAUGUGGCAGGUCGCCUUCUGGAACCCUUCAGAUGAUCCAGAAAAAGUUAUUGAGCGCACCUCAAUUGUGCCCGAUGUCGCCGUUCCAGCACGAUUCCCUCACGAAGUCACCAUUCAUCAAGGUAGAAUUGAACGGAUUUUAGAGACUGACCUGCUGCGAUAUUCGAAACGGGGCGUGCAGCGAAAUACCAAGUUAAUUGAUGUGAAAAUCAACGAGGAAGGAGAUGCUGAAUUUCCUGUGGUGGCUGAGAUAGAGACCGAUGGUGUGCAGAGGACCGUACGGACGAAAUACCUAAUUGGUGCAGAUGGAGCUCAUUCGGUCGUUCGACGCUGCAUGGGACUCAAGCUGGAGGGCGAGUCACUCGACCAUAUCUGGGGCGUGGUUGAUCUGGUUGUGGAUACAGAUUUCCCUGAUAUCAGAAGACGUUGCGCCAUCCACUCCCCUGCCGGUUCUGUGAUGGUUAUUCCUCGUGAGCGCAUUGCAACCGGUGAUUAUUUAACUCGUCUUUAUGUGCAAGUGCCUGGGGAUACCAUUGUCCCGGACAGUGACCAGGCGGAGAGUGGCGAUGCACAGCCAGAGGAUGCUCGGGCUCGUCGGAGUAAGGUCUCUGAAAGCACAAUAUUCGAGAACGCUGCAGCAGCAUUCAAACCGUACUAUAUUCGUCCGAAGAAGGAUGGUGCUGUCGAUUGGUGGGCGGCUUAUCAGAUUGGCCAGCGCGUGACGGACAAAUUUGCAGUUAAAGACUCCGAGGGUGUGAAUCGAGUUUUCAUUGCUGGAGAUGCUUGUCACACCCACAGUCCCAAGGCUGGUCAAGGGAUGAAUGUAUCUAUGAUGGAUGCAUACAACCUGGCUUGGAAGUUGGUAUGGUCUAUUAAUGGCCUUACACCGGCAGCAGGCAGUGGGAAACCUGACCCGCUUCUUGAAACAUACCAAAUAGAGCGCCAUACAAUUGCACAUGAUCUUAUUGCAUUCGACCGUGACUUCUCCUCCAUGUUCUCUGGAAAGAUUGGCAAGUCCGAGGAUGGUGUUGAGGGUUUGACCCACGACGAAUUCAUCAAAGUUUUCAGCCGAGGAAAUGGCUUUACCAGCGGUUGUGGAAUUGAAUAUACCGAGAACAUGACAGUUAUAAAAGACGUGCCUAGCACCGGCAACCCAAUCACUGGCACCGACUACCUAUUGGGUAUUUUGCGACCAGGACGAAGACUGCUGAAUGUCAAGGCUAUUCGGCACGCAGAUGGCUAUAAGCGAGAUCUCCAAGAUGACUUCUCUUCGAUAGGCCGCUUCCGCAUCUUAGUCUUGACCUCAACUGAUCUCCUCGAGCCCCAAGGCGUAUCCGCCCAGACAAUAGUUAAGCUUGGAGCUCUAAUUCCUCGCUUUCCCCAGUCCGUUCUUGAGCAAGUGGUGAUUCACCCAGAGCUAACACGUGACUUUAUGUGGAAUGACGUUCCUAAGGAGCUGAAGAAGUACUCAGAAAUGUCCCUCUAUAGCGGCACGCAGCUCGAUGAUGUGUAUAAAAUCUACGGCGUCAACCCGGCUGAAGGUGUGCUAGCAGUUGUUCGACCCGAUGGAUAUAUUGGAGUGAUUUCGGCUUUGAAUGAUGUGAAGCGUGUUGAGCGCUACCUGGAGACUUUGAUCCGUGUUGUAUAG